CACCGGCGCGUGAGACGUGGCCGCAUGAUUUCCUCCUCCCACGUUUCGCUGGUCAUUUUUUGUCGUCCUCGCGAUUGCGAUCCAUCCCGUCCAGUACAUUUCCUUGAGUCUUUGUCCUGCUUCGUCUUGUUGAGGAGAUCCUUAGAAACAGUUAUUGUUGGUUCGACGUUCCUCGGGCGAUACCCUUCCUCAAAGACAGCCUUGCCAAAACGCGGAUCGUUUCCGAGUUACAUUGCAUACCCUCACCCUCACCCAUAACUCCCCAUCGGGAUCGUAGCUAUGAGUCAGUUUGGCGAUUUCGGAUCGUUGUGCUCUCAGGUUCCAUCGUAUACCUGGUGCAAUCUCUUCUACCGUCAGGUACUUCCCGAGCAUCCCAAAAUUCUCACUGGUUUAUCUGCAAAUGCUACUUCUGCGCCGGUCGGUGUUAACCCGGUAUGCGGUAUACCGAGAGUCAACACAGACGGAUCGCUGGGAAACAUAGCAGAUAUCAUCGCUUGUGGCCUUAGUAUAUUCGUCGUCGCUGCAAUAAUCAUUCACGCUGGCCGGAGACAGGCUGCAGUCGGACGAACGGAAAUACGAAUACUCUUCUUCAUAUACCUCGCAACACUACCACUCCAGCUUUUGACGACGGGCUCUCUCCUCGAGCAGGGCUCUACAGCUUUAGUUGCGCUUACUGCCUUACAUGCAGGCCUUGUUGCUACGUUGUUCUGGUGGUUGCUGGGCAAUGCCAUCGUAGCAACCCAGGUCGUGGAAGAUGGCACUCUUAGCUCUAUCAUACCCUUAUCCAUUAUCGGCGUCUUCUUCUUCGUCGCAACAACAUAUAUCUCGUUUGAUGUCGCUCUCACCCUCACGCACACUUUUGGGCCGUCGAACCCACCAGAAGCGCUUGCCAGUAUACCACUUUUCGUACUGACGAGUAUAUGGCCCGGGGUCGCCGCUGUUAUCUACCUCGGCCUCAUGCUCUACAUAGUGAUCGGCGUGCUCAACGAGAUCCGUCCUGUAUGGUACUACGUCAUAUCGGCCAUUCUCUUCGUCCUCAGCCAGCUUGCCUACUUCCUUUUGAGCAAGGUGAUAUGUCAAGUGAGUGAUGCCUCACACGCUCCCGGUUUUUCACGACUUGCCUAAUCACUACUUGAUAGGGUUCAUCUGCAAAGGUAGAUGGUUCUUUCAUAGCAACCCUUCUUGAAACUGCCACCGUCGUUGUACUCUAUGUUGCGUGGCGGAGCAUCACGGAAGAGGACUGGGACAACGAUGCCU